CAGGUCGGAGGUUUGUCAAAUUUUUGUGCGAGAAUUUAGUUAAAUUUUGGGUUUUUCGAAAUCGGUGUGAAAUGGCUUAUAAUCGUCAAAAAGGAGGAGCAAACUGCCCACCCUGCGGGCCACCACCGGGGUGUUGCGGGCCCUGCCCACCACAAUGUCCUCGUCCGGGGGUACCGCCCUGCAUACCCUGCCAGCCACCAAUGGUUCGCUUGGAUAAACUAUGGCCAGAGCCCUAUGAUCCCUGCUCGUUCAAGAACUGUCUGAUCUUCGGAUCUCAUGACGAGCCCUACGCCCAGGCCUUCGAUCCCAAGGAGUGCAUGCGUAAUCGUCGCAAUGACAUUGACCGAUCCCUGGGAUAUCCCAUUGGGGUUGUGGCGGGCACAAUACCAGUCAAGGCGGGAGUCCCCAACAAGGAAUCUAUCCAAUAUGCCUCCAAUCUGAAGGGCUUUGCCCAUUCCUAUUACACCCGGAGGGAUGAAUGGAAGCAGGACAUGAUCGACUUUGUGGUAAAAGAGGGGGAAGUGCUCUUUGGUGAUUCCGAGAACAUGGAGAUGCCCAACUUCACCGAUGCCCCGGAUGUCUAUGACGAAAACGAGAUCCGGGUGACGCGUCACUUCAAGAUCAACGACAUCGAGUUUGCCCUGGAGCUGGAGUCGGCCUUCGAGGUCUACGGCUAUCCGAGUGUUAUACGGAACGCCCGGAGGAUCCUCAGGGCCUUCUUCAAGAAGUACAAGUACGGACUCUUCUUUACCCCCAACUGGUAUAUGCUGAUCUGGAAGGAGAAGGGCGUGUGGAUGGUCCUGGAUCUGAAUGGUCGGGAGCUGGACACCAUGAAGCCGAACACUGAUGGCGGCCUUCCUGUGCUGUUGGCCCUCAAGUCCCUGGACAAUGUCAUCUGGCUGAUCAAGAAGGAGAGCGACCUGGAGAAGACCCAAACCUUCACCAUUAGAGAGAUCUUGGUGGUGAGGUUGGCCACUCCCGGAUCUGAGGGCCAGAGCUGGGAGCGAGAGCAUGGAAUGCGGAUGAGCCAGUUCGAUGUGAUUGCCUCGGACUACGCCUACGUCAAGUCCAACCUGCAUCUCACCCUGAACCCCAACGAUGCCCUGAGGAAUCGCAGUGCCCUGCCCGUAGCUGUGGCCACCGCCUUGGCCUCCAAAAUCGACCAUCCCGCCACCUGGGACAUGAAAAUGUUCGACAAGGUCCUGUGCUAUGGCGUCAAUAUGUGCAAGAACUGCUGGGAGCCCUGCGUGGAUCUCAGCAAGCCAAUGGAUCUGGACGAGUUUCCCCGGCAGAUCCGCCUGGGACAGUUUGUGGCCGAGAUCCUGCUCUCCCCGAACGUCUACGAGGGCUGGUGGAAGUGCGUCCCCAUGUACAAGUUCAACGAUUUCCACCUGAUGCUGGAGAAGGCCCUCGACCAGAACGACUACGUCAUCUUCCAGAUCAACAACCAGAUGUACUCGCUGUGGAAAAAACAGGGCUUCAUCUACUUGAUGGACCCGUAUCGCCACAACAUUGUGGGUCGGAUUCUGGAGGAGGGCGAAGACCCGAAAAGCGCCUCGGUUCGCAUGUUCGGAAACAUGGAUCGCAUGCUGAGUGUCUUCCAUCAGAUCCUGCUGGAAUCCAAUCGAUCGGCCAUAUUUCACAUCCACACUUUGAAGAUCAGAAAUAUAACAGAGUGUCCACCAGGCACUGCUCCGGCUCUCCUGCCGCCGGAUCAAGACGUGGAAGUGCGUUCACUGAACGAGAACAUACGCUUCGACGAGAACUACGACAAGUGUCUGGAAGAGCUGGGCGAGAUCAGCGACUUCGAGGAGGAUCUGGCCUCGGAGAUCGAGCCCAUUAUCGAGGUCAGUUCCUCGGAGGAGAUGGUCGAGGAGGAAGAGGGCGGCGGCGGCGGCGAAGUCGAAGGCGGCGAGGGCGAGGACGACGAGGAUUAAAGUCGAAAUACUUUGGAUUUUACUUAAGGUCCUUUGGCUUGUAGAACCUUUGGCUUUGUGGAUAUUUCACUAAAAAUUUAAAAGUUUAAAAGAAAAAUCAACUUUAAGACUAAAUAUAACUAUAAACAGAA